UUUGCAGGUAGGAGCGGGACUUUUCUGUGGGAUCUUGUAAAACCCUGUUGGAAAUGGUGCGUGUCUGGGAUGCCGCGGUUACAUGCUCUGAGGGGUUUGCCUUCUGCUGCACCAUUCUCUUAACAAACAUCACGCAGAGGUGUACCGCAGCUUACCAAGCACAGCAGACAGACGACAAAGCCGUUUUCCCGUAGUUUUGCUGUCUAACGAUGGGAUGUUCUCGCUGGCAGGCCGCCGCUUUCAGCCCUCCGCCCUGAGGCGGCGCCGUCCUCCCGCCUUCACCGCGGCUGACUGAAGCCGCGCGGGGGCCCCGGCGGCGGGCAACGGAGGGCAAAACCCCCAAAGGUGGCGGCUGGGCGGCUUCUUUCUCGAAGCUUCUCCCCCUCAGGGCCAACGGUUUUAACGGGCGGCGGGUGCGAGGCCUCCCCUGGCAACGGCGAGAUGGCGGCGGGCGAGCAGGGGGGCCGCGACUACCUGGAGCGCCACGGGAUCCCCGAGCUGCUCCGCCGCCUCAGCGCCCUGCUGCUCUACCACCAGCCCGAAAGACCUCGCCAGUUCCUUGUCCAGGUGCUGGAAAGAGUGAAGGCCGGCAGGCAAGGUGAGGGGGGGUACCCGUGCCUGAUGGAUGAGUCCAACCUGGUUGCCAUGUUCCAGAUGCUGGAUGUUGCAGACCUGGGCUACAUCACGCCUGUGCAGUACCGAGAAGCUCUGAAAACUUUGGGACUGAGCACAGACAACCUGCACACUGGUGAUGAUGUGAACGUCACACUAGACACAUUCAAGGAAGAAGUGAAGAAAAGGUUGCUGGAGAUCUGGGCUGUGUAUUAGAUGGAAGAGUGGUAUGCUUAAUAUAUUAAAAAUAGGCAUUUUACUCUAUGCUUUUGCUGCUGUGUCAGCUGUGAACAACUGAUUUGAAACAGUACUCUCUUCUUUUUCCCUCUCUUCCCUGUAUUAGCAAUCAGCUGGAAAGGACAAAUGACAAAAAUUUGUUUACAUUUCCCAGGGACUGGAAGGGUAUCUUUGGAGAACUGCCUUUCUUCGUAAGAUUAUUUUAUUAAAAAUAAGUAGAAACCUCUUU